AUCUUCUUGACCAAGGUUGGAGGAGAUCUGGCUCCUUUCUCUACAAACCUGACAUGGAAACAACAUGCUGCCCUUCUUACACUAUUCGUCUGCGGGCAGCUGAUUUUUUUCCUUCUAAAGAGCAACUCCGGGUGUCUAGACGAAUGCAAAGGUUUUUAGAUGGCACAUUGGAUAUUCAGAAACCAGUUAACCUAAUAGAUGAUCCAACUUCUAAGGAUACAUCCUGCUGUGCUGGUAAUGAAGUUUCAAGCUCAUCGACAAAGGAAUUGUUGUCCAGUAACAAUGAGACGAAUAACAAAGCAGAACAACUACUGAAUUAUUUGUCUGACCAAAUUGAAAAUGCAAUACACACAUUUAAGGAAAGUGGAGAAUAUCAUUAUGAUAUUCAAUUGCCAAAAGCUUCUGUCAAAGCGGUCGCACAAGCCAAAAGGAAGCUACUAAUUAAAGGAUCAGAAGAUCUGCUGUACUCCAGUAAUAUUGCAUUCAAAAUAGCUGCUGCUAUAAGGCGCGCACAGACAUGUGAUAAACAUCAGCCGAAACUAUCAAGACACUCUGCAGAAGAAGAUGAGUUGUCUCCAAAAUAUAUUGCAGAAAAACUGGCAAGUUCUUUAAGUCACCUGGCAGAAACUUACAAUCUGUUAAUCAAGGCUUGCAAUGGACACAUAAAUUUUUAUUCUGCUAGCGAGAACUCUUCAUCAGAUGGAAUUGUUGAAAUUCAUUCAAGUUCAAAAUCUGGAGCAGGUUGUGCAAGUAAAAAGUCCUGUUUGAAGAAGAGCACCGAACAACCUCAGGGGAAAAGGCGGAGGCUUGAGAUACUUUUGAAAAGGUCCAAUUUCGAUCCUGAAGAAUUUGCUUUAUAUAGGCAAUAUCAGAUUAAAGUGCAUAAUGAUACACCAGAUCAUGUCACUGAAAGCUCAUACCGAAACUUUUUGGUCAACACUCCCUUAGUAUUUGUUCCAUCAACUGGUGAUGGUAUCAUUCCUAAUUGUGGCUUUGGUUCUUUCCAUCAGCAAUAUGUGAUUGAUGGUAGGCUAGUUGCAGUUGGUGUAAUAGAUAUCCUCCCUAGAUGUUUGUCAAGUAAAUACCUGUUCUGGGACCCAGACUUUGCCUUCCUAUCACUAGGGAAGUACUCAGCCCUGCAAGAAAUAGGUUGGGUCAGAGAAAAUCAAGCCCAUUGCCCUAGUCUUCAAUAUUACUAUCUUGGCUAUUAUAUUCAUUCCUGCAGUAAGAUGAGAUAUAAAGCAGCAUAUCGCCCGUCCGAGCUUCUCUGUCCUCUUCGUUACCAGUGGGUGCCAUUUGAUAUUGCCGGGCCUUUGCUUGACAAAAAGCCAUAUGUAGUCUUAUCAGAUUUUGAGAUUUUACAAAAUGGAGAAUCCUCACCACCUCCCAUUUCUCAAGUCAUGGAAACGCAUCCUGUUGAAAUCCUUCACCAAGACUCGAAUGAUGUUUUUAAGGAUGAGGAAGAAGAAACGAUUGAUACUGGAUAUGAAAGCUUAGAAUCAGUCCCGGAAAGCAGUGAUCAGGCUUCAACUGAAAUGGAACUUGGUGACAGCUGUAAUAUUUUAAUUGGGCCAAAUAAAUCUCAUAUGAGAUACAAGGAUAUGCGACAAGCGUUUGGUCCCGCUGAAAGGAGUUACUUGGAGUCGCAGUUGCGUAGAUGCAUGAAUGUUGUGGGUGCAGAGCUGUUUGAGCGAAUGGUCUAUUCACUUGUUUGAUUUGAUUAUUUUGAAAAAGAUCACUCCCUCGAAUUUUUAUCUCAAGCAAGGGAUGUAUGUUCAGAGUAGAAGCUUAGUUAGCUGCCCGUGUUCUCUGUUGAUCAUAUUGGGGGGAGGUC